AUGGAUCCUACUGUCCUUGCUGCAACCCCUGCUGGCACUCCUCCACCAGGAGUGGUGCCGGAUUUCGCCAAUGCUGAAAAGUACGGGAUGCAUUGGUGGAUAGUCGGCGUCGUUGUGGCAUCCAUGAUCGUGUCGACGGUAGUGGUGGCCUUGCGGUUGUUUGCAAGAACCUCACUAUUCUUGGAUGGGUACAUCCUCCCUGAGCUGCAGAACUUCUCAUACUGUGACGAAGUGUCCACCCAACUAACAAAACAUCAGAUCUUUACUAUGUGCUUCAUGGGUGGCAGCUUAGGGAUCGAUGACAAGCGUCGUGGCCGUCAUCAAUGGGAAAUGUCGCUUCAAGACUACUUACAGACCACGGAGCUCGAGAACAUCUCCUCAAUGCUGUACUGCAUCGGGAUCAUGUUCUCCAAGCUUGCCAUUCUCUUUCUCUUCAUGAAAGUCCUCGUACCUGUCCAUGAGGGCCUUAUCUACUGGGUCAAUAUGACUCUUAUCUGGACCAACGCAGCUUUCUACCUUGGUGGCCUGGGUGGCCUGAUCUGCCGAUGCAUUCCACGAGCGAAGAUCUCGCAACCAUGGCUGCCCGGACGGUGCACGAACGUAUACCUCGCGUUUCUGCUUAGCGGCUAUUGGAACGUGAUGUCGGACUUUUUCAUACUGGCGUUUCCGAUGUGGGCCAUCUGGAGACUGCGGAUGCCAUUGAAGCGCAAGUUCGGCGUUACCUUUGUAUUCGCCGUUGGGUUUUUUGCUCUUCUUUGCAGCAUCAUGCGUCUGCACGCCACUUCCCAGAUUCCCAACAACUCGGACCUUAUCUGGAUCAUCGGUAAAGUCGGGAUGUGGUCGAGUGCGGAAAUGUGUACUGUCCUCCUCUGCGGUUGCUUCCCUUUCCUUCCCAAGCUGGUUCGCUCUUCAGAAGACUCAGGCUUGGGCACAACGGCCAGACCAAGCGUAGAAAAUCUUAAUGGCUACAUUUGCAACAAAGCCUUCUCGAAGCCAUCAAUCGGCACCAUUUCGGAGGUAGAAUACACGACAAGCGGCGAAGUAGGGCACGUGUUACCACAGCUCAUGCCUACGUGGAAGUCACCCAACAAACGAGAUGAUAUAUAUUCGCCCGUGUGA